ACGGCCAGUCGCGGCCCGGAGCUGCGGAGCUCGGAUCGUUUCCCCGCCCGACCCUCUCUCGCCCCGCGCACCCCACUGGGUGAUGGAGCCGGACCCCGAAGCGCAAGAGGCGCGCACCGUGCGCGAGGCGCUGGGCCGCUACGAGGCGGCGCUGGAGGGCGCGGUGCGCGCGCUGCACGAGGACAUGCAGGGGCUGCAGCGCGGCGUGGAGCGGCGGGUGGCGGAGGCGCUGCGCCUGGCCGGCCCCCUGGCCCGCACGGUGGCCGAGCUGCAGCGGGACAACCAGCGGCUGCAGGCGCAGCUCGAGCGCCUGACGCGCCAGGUGGAGGCGCUGGGCUUCGCUAGCGGGAUGUCCCCGGCGCCCGGCACCCCGGGCACCCCCGGCACGCCCAGUCCCCCGCCCGCGCCCGGGGUCCCGGACCGCGCGCCCCGCCUGGGCAGCGCGCGCUUCGCCAGCCACGCCACCUUCUCGCUGUCCGGCCGCGGCCAGAGUCUGGAUUACGAUGAGGCCAGUGAGUCGGAGAUGAAAAAGGCCUUAAACUCCUGCAUCGUGGAAAAUGGGCACCAGCUGGGGGCAGGUCCAGGCGAUGGUCCCCCCGAGGUUGCCCAAACCUUCCAGGCACCAGAUCCCCCCAGGCCUCGCCCCGUGAGUCUCUCCUUGCGGCUGCCCCACCAGCCAGUCACAGCUGUCACCCGAGUCUCUGACAGGUUCUCUGGGGAGACCUCAGCUGCGGCUCUAUCACCCACGUCUGCUGCCACCCUGGGGGGCCUCAACCCGAGCCCCAGCGAGGCCGCCCCGUCCUGGACUCCGAGUCCUAGCGAGAAGAGUUCCUCUUUCACGAGGUCUGUGUCAAGCUCUGGCUACGGGGCAGUGACAGCCAGCAAACACAGUGACAGCCCACCGCUGGUGACACCACCCCAGUCGCCCAUGUCCCCGCAGCCGCCAGCCACAACUCAGGUCCAUCGGCCGGGGGAGCGUCGCAGGGAGCUGGUGAGGUCGCAGACGCUGCCCCGCACCUCGGGGGCGCAGGCCCGGAAGGCAUUGUUUGAGAAGUGGGAGCAGGAGACGGCGGGCAAGGGGAAAGGUGAGGCCCGGGCCCGGCUGAAGCGAUCGCAGAGCUUCGGCGUGGCCAGCGCCAGCAGCAUCAAGCAGAUCCUGCUCGAGUGGUGCCGCAGCAAGACGCUGGGCUACCAGCACGUGGACCUGCAGAACUUCUCCUCCAGCUGGAGCGAUGGCAUGGCUUUCUGCGCCCUGGUGCACUCCUUCUUCCCCGACGCCUUCGACUACAACUCCCUGAGCCCCACGCAGCGGCAGAAGAACUUCGAGCUGGCCUUCACCAUGGCCGAGAAUCUGGCCAACUGUGAGCGCCUCAUCGAAGUGGAGGACAUGAUGGUGAUGGGCCGCAAGCCAGACCCCAUGUGUGUCUUCACCUACGUCCAGUCGCUGUACAACCACCUGCGUCGCUUCGAGUAAAGCCCCUGGGCCUGGAGAGUCAAAGAGCAGCCCCAGGAAGAGGCCGUGGGUCCGUGUGCCCCAGUGGCCUUGCCGUUUGGCGUGAGCGCGCUGUUUGUUCUGUGGCGUGUGACCGCACUCCUCUUCCAGACCAGCUGUGUUACUGAUUAAAAGUACCGCUGAGCUCUGCUCUGACAGCGCUGAUCACAGCCAAGGGCUCGGAGGAAAAGGAAAAAUUAUGCGAGUGAGAGAAAUUGGUGCUAAGUAAUGAUCUUCCUAAAGCAAUGCUUGUCUUUAUAGAUUCCGGAAUGCUAACCUAAGAUGUUCCCUCUGGUGAAUUCGAUACAUCGGCUUUACAGGGUUACAUUGAUUACCAAGUGUUCUUUUUAAAUCAAAAUGCCCAGAAUUUUUUACUUCCUCACGUGAUUGUAAGUUCCUCUCUUCCUUCUGGGCCACUGCCAGGAAACAGACCACUUAAUCAGCAGCUUGACAAAGACGACCGGCUGCAAGUCUUGGGAAGGCGCAGUAUAAUCACUCCCAAGUCCUGGGCGACAGAUGACCUUCAAGUCACCUCUGCUCUCCUGGGAGAUGGGAAGGCUCUCCCCUUGGUCCCAAUAUGAUCCUGUUUUUCCCAGGGGGUCCACAAGUGUUUGGCUAAGCACAGGCUCUCGGGAAGUUUUCGAUUUAGAGGAAGGAUAAGCCCUUUGUGCUGAGAAAGAGCGUUUUUAUUCACAUCUUUUUUAGGGGAUUUACUGCAGAUAUUUAUAAAAAGUAACCCCCUGUGUCCCAGUGUCCCAUUUGUACAUAAAAAAGAUGUGUUGAACUUUG